AAAACAACUCCAGGCGUCUUUUGAGAACUCAGGGAUUAGCACCUCCUAUGGGGAACUCUCGAGCAGCAGACUACCUCUGAGGGUCCCUCUGUGUGACAUCACGAUGACGUCACCUCGGCCAAGCUCGGCCAUGGACUUCAGGCGCCAGUCCACUGCCCGGGAAAGUGAGACAGGUGGUGUGGGUCUCAGGCUCAACCCCAACAGGGCCAGAACGCCGAGGUCUACGUCCGUCGUUUCGUAUUUGAGUGAGUCGGAACCCCAGUCCCCCUCGAGUCCAAACGAGACAAACCUGGAUCAGGUUCAGCUCAACUCACACGACUCUGAGAAGACGCCACUCAUCGGUAAAGAGAGCUCCAAUUCCAAAGUGGAGAGCGGAAUGUCCGGUUUCUCCCACACAGUGUCCCAGGAGAUCUCUGGAGUGGACAAGUCAAGCGACUCUCUGACUGGGGAGUCAUCAUGGUGUGUGAAGAAGAAGAGCCUCUCCAGAAAGUGACCCUUCUUCCUGCUGGGGAGACAUUGUUUUUAUUGAGUGAAAACAGAGACGCGUCUAGGCCAAAUCUCCGACUUCAAGUAUCCGGACCUUUCUACUCACAUCUAGAGGUCAACGUCACAGGGCCAGUUGUGACCUUUGACAUGUCCCCGAAUUACUCUGCAUACAAACUGGCCAAAGGCAAAAUCUGGCCCCUGGUCACUCUGCUGUGUGUGUUCAGCGCUGUAGUGUCCGCCUUUCUGGACAACGUGACCACCAUACUGCUCAUGGCACCGGUCACCAUCAGAUUGUGCGAGGUUUUGAACCUGGAACCACGUCGCAUUUUGAUCGCUGAAGUCCUUUUCUCUAACAUCGGUGGUACGGCCACCGCCAUUGGUGAUCCCCCCAAUGUGAUCAUUGUAGGAGCGCUGGGCAGUCAGGGUAUCACUUUCACAACGUUCACCAUGCACGUUGCCCCAGGUAUUGUCCUCAUCUGCUUCGUCGGCUACGGGCUGCUCAGACUAUACUAUCGUAACAUGGAUGAACUCAAGAACAAGGACCCUCCAGAUAUAUCAGAAAUGAAGCAGGAGAUCUCCAUGUGGCGUCUGACCGCCAGCCGUCUGCAGACUGUGACGAGAGAGGAGACGCUGAUGAAGGCGUUGUUCCUGCAGAAGGCCGUGGAGAUGGAGCAUGUCAUGUACAAGACGCUGCACAGGAUGAGACGGGAGGAGCAACACGACAUGAUACAGACAUUGCGAAAGCUGGAGAGACAGUACUACAUCAAGGAUUUCCCACUGUUGCUCAAGAGCGGAUUUGUCCUCUGCGUUGUUGUGGUCUUCCUCUUUAUCUAUUCCUUCGUUGAGCAGAUUCACCUAGACAUAGGUUGGAUCGCGGUGCUGGGAGCUCUGUGGCUCCUUGUGUUGGCAGACAAUGACGACAUGGAAGGUAUUCUGCACCGUGUGGAGUGGAGUACACUGCUCUUCUUUGCUGCUCUGUUCGUACUCAUGGAG